UAUUCUUCGUCGUCGCCUUUUAAGAACCCUAGAUCUCUCUCUCUCUCUCUCUCUCUAUCUAUCCUCCUCAAUUCGAAUCGAUUUUUCUCAAUCCUCAAUCCCAAAUUCAAACAAAGAGCAAUGGAUGAUAGCUGUGCCGUCUGCGCCGACAGUCUCGAAUGGGUUGCCUACGGAUCUUGUGGCCACCGAGAAGUCUGCUCCACAUGCGUCGUUCGUCUCCGUUUCGUCCUCUGCGAUCCUCGCUGCUGCAUCUGCAAAACCGAGUCUCCCGUCAUCUUCGUCACCAAGGCGUUGGGUGAUUAUACGAGGACGAUCAAUGACUUCUCGACGUUCCCGACGGCGCCGAAGGAAGGUCGAGUAGCGGGAGGGUUCUGGUACCAUGAAGACACUCAGGCCUUCUUUGAUGAUUUGGAUCAGUACAGGAUGAUCAAGGCCAUGUGUAGGCUCUCCUGCAGUGUUUGCGACAAGGCGGAGGAGGAGCAAGGAGGAGGAGGAGGAGGAGGAGGGCCAAGGCAUCGUUUGAGGAUUAAGAGCGUUGAGCAGCUCAAGGGUCAUUUGUAUCAUAAGCACAAAUUGAAUAUGUGUAAUUUAUGUCUCGAAGGGCGUAAGAUAUUCAUAGGGGAGCAGAAGUUGUAUACGAGGGCUCAGCUUAACCAACACAUACACACUGGUGACUCUGAAGUUGAUGGAAGUGAGAGUGAAAGAGGAGGCUUUGCUGGACAUCCCAUGUGUGAGUUCUGUAGGAAUCCUUUCUAUGGUGAUAAUGAGUUGUAUACUCACAUGACUACUGAGCAUUAUACCUGUCACAUUUGCCAAAGGUCGCAAACAGGGAAAUAUGAAUACUAUAAAAACUAUGAUGACUUGGAGCUUCACUUUCGUCGAGACCAUUUCCUUUGUGAGGACGACUCCUGCCUUUCAAAGAAGUUCAUUGUUUUCCCAAACGAAUCAGAGUUGAAAAGGCAUAACGCGAUAGAGCAUGGGGGUAGGAUGUCUCGUGCUCAGCGAACUGCUGCGUUACAGAUACCAACGAGUUUCCGAUACAGUCGUGGAAAUGACCAAGAAAGUCGUCGUGGAAGACCUCGAUCAUUCCGUCGCGAACCUGGUGGUGGCGAUGAUAAUUAUAAUCGUGCAGUCAAUGCUGCUCUUCGUUUAUCUGAGGCUGAGUAUUCUAGGCAAGAGCCUCCUCCACCUUCAAGUGCGCCCCCACCUGGAUUCUCUGAGAACAACAACAGAGACAUGGAUGAUGGUGAUCCUCUUAUCCAACCAAUGGAAUCUCUUUCAACUACCGAUAUGGAGCCCUCUUCGCGAUAUCUUCAAGCUGUGGGCAGUUCUGGUGGUGGUGGUUCACGUCUGCAAGAAUCUGCUUUUCCUCCUCUUGCUGGUCAACCUAGAUCUGGACAGAACUUGGACGGUUUGCCUACUAACACCUUGGCUGCUCGUCUAAGACGUCAAACAAAUCGAACUCCUAGCGCUACUGCCAUUGCUAGUCCUUCUCAAGCAUGGCCAGCGGUUAACCGAGCUUCCAAUACAAGUGGCAGUGGCGGUGGCAACCCUUCUUCCGGAUGGCCAGCAAUAGGUCGCGCACCUGCACCUGUACAAGCAUCUAGCUCUUCAGCUCAAUCUAGGUCCCAUGCCAGAGUUGCUCAGCCCAGACCACCUAAUUCACAGGCUGCUCGUAAUGGAAAUAUGAUUCCUCACUCAUCCUCAGCUCCUAAUCUAUCUGAUACAAGAUCACUUCAUUCAGAAUUUCCUCCUGUUUCUGCUGCUGCUCGCAAGACACCAUCAUCCACCAUCACACAGGGAACAUCAAACUCCCAUCCACCACCCCCAGAUGUGCAAUCUGCUAACAAGUCAUUGGUUGAGCAAAUGCGAUCUGCACUUGGUCAUGAUGAAGAAUUGUUUAUGACCUUCAAAGAUGUAUCAGGACAGUAUCGUCAAGGUUCGAUUGAUGCAACAACUUACUUGGAGUAUGUGAAAGGUUAUGGAUUGUCUCACUUGGUUAUUGACCUUGCAAGACUCUGCCCUGACCCUAGAAGGCAGAAGGAACUCAUUGAUGCUCACACUGCCAGUUUGAGAAACGAUGCAGCAAAGGAGAAUGGUCCAGCUGCUGCUGCAGGGCAGAGUUCGUCGUCUCAAGCUCAAGAGAGUAAGAAAAACAAAGGGAAAGCUGUGAAGGUUGCUGAUCCAAAAGAAGCAGUAGCAGAUAACUUUAUGGAGACAGUGAGGAGACUACAAUUCUCGCAGAAUUUUCAUGAAGAAGAAGAAGAGGUUAUAUCGAAAGAUAAGAAUGCUUACAGGUCUGACAAAGGCAAAUCGAAAGUGGAGUCUACUUCAACCGGAAGUAAGCAGCAACGUAAGAAAACCUCAAAGUUUCACAGAGUACGGCUUGGUGACGGAUCAAUGGCAGCAUUGCUAAAUGUGAACUCUUCUUACCAUGAGCCUCAUGAACCAGAAUCAAAAGAUGACAAUAACAAUAAUAGCCAGAAUCAAACCGGUGUACGUGGUGUUUGGCGUAAAGGAGGUGCACAACUUUUCUCCUAGAGAUUCAAGUCUCUCAUGGCUUCUUCUAGGAAGGUAUCAUGUACAAGCUUGACUGGCCGCACAUUUUUAUGUCAGUGUCAAGGAGAGCAUUUUUGAGUAAGUUUUAUGAAUGAUGGACUCUCGUUUUGUUGCUUUUGUGUUUUUUUCUUUCUUUGGUAUGUUUGGUAUUUUCUCGUCUUUUUUGGAGGGACUUAUUAGAAGAAAUGGAACUGUAACAAUUAAUAUAUUGUCAUAAGUUUAAAUUAUUAAAACAUGUUUCUUUUUCUA